AUGCGCAUGUCCAUCAUCGCCGCCGUGCUUGCCUCUCUGGCUCCCGCAGUGUCCGCUCAACACUCCGUCAACUGCUGGGGCAAGGCCUCGCACGCGCCGUUUGACAAGCUCAUCGCAGCCGUACAGACUCUGGAUCGGGCAAUCUACAUGGCGCCUACGCCCCUGGGCCCCUCUGUUCGCGCCGACAAGAACGAUUGCCAUGAACUCUGGUGCGUGAAGGAUGUUAGCAUCCGUUUCUGCAACGAGAACACGGAGCAGGCCCGUUCUAUGCCCCUUCAGAAUAUCGUGAAUAGCCUGAAUGCUAUCAUGCACGACUGUGCUACUACCUACAAGGGCGAGAAGGUUGCUGGCGGUGUUGUGGACCACCCGGACAAAUGGUCGGUUGUUGUCCAGAUGGAUGAUCAGUGCAAGCCAGCCUCGUAUUAA